AUGGUCUCCCGAACUCCGCGGGGCAGCGGUCGGCGGCUCAUGUACAACAGCAACUACAGCCGCAGCAGCGCAGGUGGAAGCGCAAGCCGGAGCAGAACACACACCCCCAGAAGCGGCCGGCACACCGCUGGAGAGACGGGCUCCUCCCCGUCGCCUCCCCCGUCACAGAAGAGGCGCCUGGACGGGCUCUACCUGGAGGGGAACUGGUACUGCAAUUGCACGCCGCGGCAGCAGGCCGCGCACCUCCAGGUGAAGAAGAAGAAUGCCAACAACGGGCGGUUCUUUUACAAGUGCGAGAAGAGACGGGGCGGGUGUACCUUCUUCCUCUGGGAGGAGGACGCGAAGAACCGGGACGAGGGGUCCACGUUGACCCUGCCGCCGAUGCCGACGGACGGCGCUCCCGCUGCCGGUACCAUCCCGACGGCGCAGCUUCCGACGCCGAGCACGGCUUCCGCCAUUAAGAACGCCUCGAGGCCCGCUACCGCCGCGGCAACAGCUGCGCCGCCGUCGCCCUCUGCGCAGAGGAGCGUCGCCAGGCAGAAGUUCCUGGAUACCUACUUCUCGACGACCCGACAGACGCAAGCUGCCCUCGAGGCAGACGGUCCACCGGACGAGGCCGGGGCUGAGGCAUCACCCCGUCCCGCCAAGAGAAAAAGGGUGCUCUUCGAUUUCGACUCGGACGACGGCGCGGACGAGUACGGGCUGGGCGACGUGUCGUCGGACGAGGAGAGGGCGAUGAACGAAGCCAUGGAGCGCAGCGCCAGAAAGCUUCGUGGUGCGGCGCCGCCGCUGCCGCCGCCGUCGCCGUCUACGCCUGCAGCGCAGCGUACGGUGCGGGAUGGAGCCGCCCUGCCCACGCCGCAGACGGUCACGCGGACGCUCUUCCCCGACGCCAAGCGGCCGAGGCACGACGAUGCCGGCCAGUCCCCCAACACGUCCUUCUCCACGAGCACGAGCACCGCCACCGGGGACGCGGGGCUAUGCUCGUCGACGCCGUCCAGGGGAGAGGAGCAGCUCGACCCGACCGAGGAGGUGCUGGCGCUGCUGGCCGGGCAAAAGGUCGACGACGCGACGGCGCGGGCUGUCGGGGACGUGCUGCGGCGGUUCUCGAUGCAGGCGAAAGGGCUGGCCCGGGGGCGGGAAACGGUGCGGGCGGCGCUCAAGGCUAAGGACGAGAAGAUUGCGGCGCUGCAGGAGCGGGUGGCGAGCCUGGAGGCGCGGACCCGGGCGCAGAGGGAGGAGAUCGCCGACUUCAAGGCGGGCAUGAUGGACCUAUACUCGAAGCACUGA